AUGGCAGACGACCAAGACGCCAGCGUCGCGAGUGAUUCCAUCCAAUCAACAGGACGUACGGUUCCGAACGAUAGUGAAUGCAGGCGCUAUAGUGACCUAGAGCCGGCGAGGUCAGCCUAUGACAACUUCCUGCUUUCCUUCUUGAAAAGUGAUUCAGGCCGGUUGGCUUUGAAGCCUUGGUUGUUGCUGGUGCUGAACUUCCUUGCACAGUAUGUCGUUGUCUACCUACUGUGGCAAAAGAUUAAUGGGUCCGAGCGAGAUGCAGCUACCGCGUUGUUGGACCGCUCCGGGAAUGGAGCCUCCAGUUUGUGUUUUGAAGUGGCAGACGUGAAUGCGCGAUUCCAUCACGGCCAGUUGGGUUUGAGCUGUUCCCCAGAUGAGGUCACGCUGUUCACAAACUUCAGUGUGCUGGAUCUGGAUGGGGAUGGCAUGUGGACACACGAGGAGGCUCAACGGCUGGACUCGCUUUAUGAGAGCUUGGCUGGACGAUACGUUCGCAUGUCUUGGGUGUAUCAGCGUGUUUUUAAACUGCUCUGGCUUCAUGCGCGAGCUUUGGUUUUACCUUGUAAAAUCGAUGAUUCGCUACAAGCGUUCUGGUCGGAUGACGGUUUUUGGUAUGAUGCCACGCUGAUGGCCAUCUCCAGCAGCGGGAAAGCCCGUGUUCGCUUCCACGACGACAACGCGACAGGCUCCGUAAAAGCAAGCGAGCUGCGAAAACUUGUUGGUGAUACGUUCUUCAGAUGCAGUGUUCCGAAGUGCGUGGAUACGGAUGCCGGGGCCACUGAUUCCGAGUGGUCCACAUGCGUGGACUAUGACGAGUACUACGGGGAAUGUGCUGAAGGGCGGUAUGACGACGCCGACUUCCAGGUAGCAAAGCUUUGCUGCCUCUGUGGGGGUGGAACCACAAGCUUGGCCCUGGCUGGAAUUGGCCACUUGCCCGUCAACCUGUCCUUGGAUGUGGUGACUCAGCCAAGAAGCUACAGGAGUUGCGUGCAGCAGGCACAUAGCAGUGAGAGCCAGGCUGCUUGCAUGCGAAACUUCACGUUCAUCCCAGAGGAUCUCUAUGCCAGAGAGUUAGCACCCUUCGUCGGCUUCUGCUCCUGCCAGAUGGGGAUCUUUGUGACAGCAUGGACGUUGAGAUGUUGCGUGGCCAUGCUGGCUACUGGAACGAGUCGGUUCCUUUUUCCAAGCCCCUGCUGUUCCAACACCUUGGCAUUGACACCCUCGACGAUAUCAACAUGCGGGAGUUAUGCAAAAAGAGCGUGGCGUCCUUCUGCCGGAUAUCUUCACGCUCCAGUCAAGCCAUUUCAAGGAAGGACGCAGUGA